UCACCUUAGCAAAAAACAAGCUGAUAUUAAAGAAAAGGCUAUGAUUAAUGAGCUCUUCUUCUCGCGAGCUAAUAUAACCGACAAACGAUAUAUAGACACUGAAUAUCCAGCGUGCUGUCCCCACAAAUUGCAUCUUCAGUUGUUGGCAGGCUGGGAACUCAACAGCGUCCACCAUGAAACUUUUGCUUGUCAUAACCUUGGUACUGGGAAUCAUGAAGUGUCAGGAAGUGCUCUGCUGUGGCGGUGGUGGGGACUCUGGUCAGGGCGGUGGCGGUGGCCCUGGGGGAGGCGGAGGAGGUGGUGGCGGUGGCGAUAGAGGAGAUGCUGACGAUGGUGGUGGAGGAGGCGGCGGCGGCGGUGGUGGUGACGGUGGAGAUGGUGGCCCUGGUGGUGGUGGAGGCGGUGGAGGUGGAGGUGGCGAUGGUGGUGAUGCUGGUGAUGCUGGUGAUGGUGGUGGCGGAGGCGGAGGCGGUUGCGGUGCUGAUGGUGCUGACGCUGGCGAACCUCCUGCUCCUAGCGGUGGCGGAGGCGGCGGAGGUGGUGGGGGUGGAAGUCCAGGUCGUCCUGGUGCUCCUGGACGUCCCGGUUGUGGCGGAGGCGGUGGUGGUGGCGGCGGUGGCGCUGGCGGUGGUGAUGGUGGGGAUGGAGGCCGUUAACCUCGUCUACCCACUGAUGGAAAGUGCAAGAGUGCAAAACUCGAGACUUUACUUUUUUUCGUUAAACAGACAAGUAACGCUGUUAAAAGAAUU